ACGAAGCGAGACGGACGGAGCACUGCUGUUGUUGCGGGUCGACAAACAGCUCGCGCUCAGGUGCUUUACACCGUCACCGGAGAGAAACCCAACGUCCCGAAGUUCAGAGCGACCGACUAACUUCAGUGUCAACGUGUUAAUAAGCGGCACAAAUUUAGACAGUUAGUACUUUUUUUUGUGAAAGUUAAAUCCAGAGAUGAGGAUGGAGACGGCAACAGACAGCGUCGUUCGGCUAUUUCUGCUGUUUCUAAUUUCUGCUGCCACCCUCUUCACUAAUGUGUUGGCUCAGAGCCGGAGGACCAGUGUGGUGGUGGAGGCGAGGAACAUCAGCGCCCCCGCAGGCUCGAGGGUGGUACUGCAGUGUCAGAACCCGCGCAUGGUGUUGCCCGCGGCCCAGAGGAAGGACCGGCAGCGGGUUCUGCACUGGGACCUGUUCCACGCCGGCCCAGAGCACUCCGUGGAGCGCAUCGUGGACAUGUUCUCCACCGGGAACCAGCGCCUCUACAACGGACUCAACAAGGGCCGGGUCUCGCUCUCCAAAACCGCCUUCUCCAACGGAAACUUCUCCCUCACCAUCCGCGAUGUGGGGAUGAAUGACAGGGGAACCUACACCUGUAACCUGCACCACCACUACUGCAACAUGCAGGAGUCCAUGAAGGUGCAGCUCAAUGUCACCAAAUCACCCCGGAAGCAGAAGCGGUUCUGGGACGGGGAUCAGAUGGUGUUCGUGGCGCUGCAGGGCAGCACGGUGGUCCUGCCCUGUGUGAACCGGCGGGCGGUGUGGACCGACCCCAGCGGGGCGGGGGAGGAGCAGGUGGCACGCUGGGACUGGCAGCCGCCCGGCGUGCGGCGGGAGGGGGCGGACCGCCUGGUGGACCUGUACUCCUCCGGGGAGCAGCGGCAGUACGGCCCCAACUUCCUGCGCGGCCGCAUGAACGUGUCGGACCGCGCCUUCGCCCUGGGCGACUUCUCCCUCUCCGUGUGGGACCUGCGGCCGGCGGACCGCGGGCUGUACUCCUGUGUGCUGCUGCACGAGUACUGCGGCCUGCACCAGCGCCGCGUGUACCGCCUCAUCGUGGAGCCCUCCCCAAACCCCCACGGCCCCUCUGACCCCCCGCCACGCCCGCCCAACGCCGCACACACUGAUAGGGUGGAGGUGCCACAUUUCAUCAAUGUCAUCAUACCUGAGCAGCGAGGUCACUUCCUGCAGCAGCUGGGCUACAUCCUGGCAACACUCCUCUUCCUGGUCCUGGUUGCCAUAGUGAUCAUUCUUCUCAUUAGGAGGUGCAAAACCACAGGGACAGAGUAUGACCUGCGUAAGUCUCAGAGGGGUCACAUGACAGACUGCAGUUUUGAGAUGGGGAUCACAGACCUGAGGAUGAGUGCACAGCAGGACCUGAAGCUUGACUACAAAAACAACAUCCUGAAGGAGAAGGCCGAGAUGUCCAAGCUGCAGUCGCCGAACACCAUCGACCUCCACAAAGGCAACAGAGAGAUGGACAGAAAGACAUGGAAAUAAGCACUGCUGCAUCUCUGGCUGGCCCAGGGUAGGGACAGGAAGAGGAAGUGAGGUACAGGAAGAGGAAGUGAGGAGAAUGGGGGAGGAAUGGAGGGAUACAGGUAGAAGGGAGAGGAGAGCGGACUGAAACUUCACUGUGUUUUUGGGAUUUGUUUUAAGACGACACCCUCUGUAGCACCCCUUUAAGAUGGCACCCUCUGAUGACCAUUUUUUCACUGCUGUUUGAUUUGACUUUAACAGAGAAACUCCAGGACUAAUGCAGUACUAAUUCAGUUUUCAGUAAAGGGCUAAAUCUGCUUGAAGAUUUCUUUAUAUUGUAUACUUUUAUGUCAUUUUACUUUCUGAGAAAACUGUAUGCAAAACUGUAUUGUUUUUAUACCGUAAAAGUUGAAAGACUCCCCUAGUAUACCUUCGACAAAUAAUUUGUAUUGUCUGUUAUUAUUGUUAUUAUUAUUAUUAUUAUUAUUAUUAUUAUUACUGUAGUUACCUAGUGCAACACAACAGUAAGUUCUUUCUGUGUAUUUGUUCAGAGGAUUUUAUGUAAUUAUUGACAAUUUAUCUUGUCUGGACCAAGAUUAAUAGAAGAAUUAGAUUCCUUACCAAGAAUUGCCAGUGAGAGUGACUGCACUCGAGAAACUGUACUUCUAAAUGUUAUUGGCAAAGAGUCCUUUUUGUACGCUACCCUUUCUUGUUUUAUACGUUCAUUUUAUAUAAAUUCCUGUUAAACAGCUGAA